AAACACCCCUCCGGCGGCCCGCCGGUGUCCUGCGUUCAGUGUCCUGACACCCACUGGUGCCUAUGGCAUUCUGUUCUCUGACAGCUUGGGACACCUGGCGCACGCCUUCCGGAUCAAAAGGACGACUAUGGCUCCGCGACGAUCUCCCCGAACACGUCCCCGACUCACGAAUCUUCCUCUACGAAUAUAACGCGACAGCGGUCUACGGAAAGGACCGGGAUACGUUCGUGGGCAAGGCCAGUGAGCUUCUCGAGGCCAUACAUAUCCAAAGGAAAAAAGACGAGUCCCGGCCUAUCCUACUGUUCGGUCACAGUAUGGGCGGAUUGCUGAUCAAGCAGGCGCUAGUUAAUGCGCACAACAAUCCAAGGUAUACGCCUAUCAAGGAUGUGACCGUAGGGCUGGCCUUCUUUGCGACGCCACACAACGGUGGGAACUCAAAGCUGGUGAGCCUGGGCGGCAUAGCAGCCAAAAUAGCCACUACGGCGGGAUUCCAGAAGGGCGACGACCUGCUAGAGACUUUGAAAACAGGGAGCAUCUUCUCGGACAUCUUACAGGAACACUUUAGACACCAGCUACUGAAAUACCAAAUUAUCUCGUUCUGGGGUGCUCAAGACAGCGUUGUACCAACGGGCAGUGCACAGCUAGGAUUGCCUGGGGAUCGCGAGAACAUUGUAAAGUUGAACGCCGAUCAUAGAGGCGUAUGCAAGUUUGGCGAUAAUCAGACGGAUCAAGAUAAUUUCGAGCUAGUGCGAAGCAAUAUCGAAGAAAUAUACCAGGCAGCACUCAAUUACCGUGAGUUGAAAAACACCCUUUCUGCUAUUGAUAAAGAGGGGGGGACUGCAACGGAUGAGGAAAUGAUGCGUGCACCUAGGGGGGAGGAUGCUAUAAUGCGGCAGUGCGCAACGUUAUAGUAUCUAAUUGAAUGGGAUUCACCUAACCA